UGAUCACUUUGAGUCUUCACACCCAUGUUUACAUGAACAUUGCACACUUUCUGCAUUAUGGGAAAAUUCACCUAAUGUUUUUUCUUGUUUAAUGGCAGAUUAACACACUGUGAUGAAUAUAUAUUUGAUGUAAUAAUCUUCUGAUACUUUUUUCUGGAUUUUUUGUUGUUGAUUGUUAAUGUGCAAUGGGACAACGAAUGUGCAAAUGACCCUGAUGGUCACAGCAGAUGAUGUAUGACAGUAUGCUAUUGUAUAAUUAUGUGUAGUUCCCUUAGGAAAAUUAACCAUGAUAUUAAUAUAUUAAAAAUGUAGUAAAGUUUUGGUUACCAUAGUUUACUACUAAUAUUAUGGUUAAAGUGAUACUUCACCCAAGAAUGAAAAUGAAAAUUCUGUCAUUUACUCACUUUCGCGUUGUUCCAAAUCUGUAUAAAUGUCUUUGUUCUGAACAGAGAAAGAUAUUUGGAAGAAUGCUUAUAACCAGACAGAUCACCCCCCCUUGUGUAUUAUGGUAUACACAAAAGAAGACAUUUUGAAGAAUGUGGGGCACUUUUGACUACCAUUGUAUCUUUUCCUAGUAUGGUAGGCAAUGGUGGCGAAGUAGAGUGUAGUUCCUGAUGUCAUAAGUAGGCUACCAUAUUUAAACUGUGUUUACUGUGGUAAAAUCAUGGGUAAUAUUCGUAAGGGUUAGUGGUGGGUUAUUUUAUAGUUUGGUCAACAACUAAUCUGAGGCGAGCAGUGUCCAAGCUCCACUGUAGCAUAUGUCAACAAAUGAAAUGUUUUAUAAUCGUUUUUAAAAUGAAAAGGGAUUUUACAUCGGGAUUUUUUCAAUAAAAUAGCAUUUAAGAAAGGUGCUCGUGUUUGUUGUCUAUAGCAACCAAACAAACAUGGCCAACAGCCGCGCGAGCAGCACUAAACGAGUCUUUAUCAACAACAUCGAUUCAUACUCGUCCAGAUAUAUCGCUCAGUUCUUGUCCUCGUGUGUGGUCGGGCAAUCUCUGGAUGAUGGUGAUGAAGAAGACGACAAACAUCCAGCGUCUUCAAAAGACACUUUCAGCAUAUUCGGAACAGUUGCGGAUUAAGAUGGAGAAAAGCUCAAUUUCGCGUCGGAGAAAUAUUCGCUUCUGAGUCGAGACGAGCUUCUGCAGUGUCUGAUGCAGUGUGAUGUUAUUGUGUAUAAUAUCACGGAAAACGCUGAUCUGAUAGAUGAGGCGACAUGGGCCAUAUCAGCUCUACACUCUGAAAUCGAACAUUUUAGUGCCCCCAAAAUAUUUAUCCUAUUGUCAACCAUCAUGACAUGGGCUAUGACUAAACCAGCUGAACCUGACGAUCCUGAGAUUCCUUUGACUGAAGAUGACUACAGGAGAAGAAGACCACAUCCAAACUUUAAAGAACACACAAGCACAGAGAAACUUGUGCUUAAACUUGGAAAAACUAAAAAGUCAAAGCUGGCUACUUAUGUUGUAACAGCAGGGUUGCAGUACGGCAUGGGCGAGAAUGUGUUCCACUUUUUUUUCAAAGCAGCUUGGCUUGGACAGCGUAGCAGCGUUCCAAUUUUUGGGCCCGGCACAAAUAUCAUUCCAACAAUUCACAUCCACGACCUUUCAAGAGUGGUACAAAACAUCAUUGAUCACCGACCAAAAACCCAUUACUUCAUUGCUGUGGAUGAAUCCAAGAACACUUUUGAAGACAUUGUGAAAGCCAUUGCUUCUGCUCUGGGUUCUGGAAAAACAGAAACAGUCCCAAAAGAGGAAGCCUGUGGCACAAAGGAAGUUACGGAAACUGGCUUGCAUAACCUCAGUGUCAACCUUCGGGCCGAGUCCAUUUUCUUAAAGGACAGAUUUAACCUCCGAUGGGAUUGUGAAACUGGAAUAGUCGAUAACAUAUUUACUGUGGUGGAGGAAUACAAACGGACAAGGCAACUGCUGCCAAAAAAGAUCUGUCUUCUUGGCCCCGCCGCAGUUGGCAAAAGUUCAGUGGCUGAAAAGCUGUGCAAAUAUUACAAACUUCAACAUAUUCAUGUGAAGGAAGCCAUCGAUGAGAAAAUCAGAAAACUGGAAGAACUACUUGAAGAAAAUGAGAAGACAAGCGAGAAUGAAGAAAUGCUCAGUGAUGCUCAAAAGCAGCUUGAAACUCUUAAGAACAACAUGCUUGAGAAUGACGGCCAGUUGGAUGAGCAACACGUGAUAUAUAUCAUAAGAGAGAAACUCAAUUCAGUGCCCAGCAGGAAUAAAGGAUUUGUUCUGGACGGCUACCCAAACACCUAUGCGCAAGCUAAAGAUCUUUUCCGUGACGAGAACAUGGAGGCAGAGGACACCAGAUCAACAAUCCCCAGUUAUAGUGAGGUGUUGAUUCCAGAGUUCAUCUUCUCACUUGAUGCCACAGACGAAUUUCUUAAGGAGCGUGUUCGAAAUCUUCCACAGAAUGUGGCAGAGGACAAGCACUACACGCAAGAUGAGUUUACAGAGAGACUUGCAAAAUUCAGAGAAGCUUUGGCAGAAGACGAGUCUGUUCUUGACUAUUUCGAUGAGCUGGAAAUUCACCCUGAACACAUCGUGAUUGACAGUGUUGAUGACUGUGAGAAUAUGGUGGUGUUGGAGAAGAUUAUUAAAUCGGUGGGACGGCCAUUGAACUACGGUUUGACUCCAGAGGAAAUAGAGGAGGAGAGGAAGAAGAAGGAAGCGAUAUCUCAACAGGAGCUCAAACAGAAACAAGUUGAAAAUGAACUCAGGGAGACGGAGGACCAUGCCGAAAUGACCGCGCUUCUGGAGGAAUGGAGCAGGAACCUGGCUGAGGUGAAGAGGCAGGAACAUGAGAUUUUAGAGGCACAGUCUGUUCCCAUGAGGCACUACCUUAUGAAAUAUGUCAUGCCUACUGUUACACAAGGACUGGUGGACUGCUGUAAGGUCAAACCUGAUGACCCCGUGGAGUUUUUGGCUGAAUAUCUAUUCCAGAACAACUCUGAAGAUUAGCGUAUAAUGAUUUAUUAAUGAAACAUGUAAAAUGAUUUAUUGAUUCAUUAUUUGUCAAUUAAUGAAUAAUUAUCAACGUAAUUAAUUGUGUUUUCGUUAAUUAAUA